AUGGUGGACGUCGACAAAGUAACGCUUGUUGUGUCCGAAUAUAAAACAAAAGUGUGGAUACCUGACUUGAACUUCGAAGAUUCCAAACGUGAAACUGUCCAUAGUUUAGGCAGCCAAAGUCACGCUCUCCAGAUAGCAUCGGACGGAAUUGUGUGGUAUAGCUUUAGGGUAUCUUUGACUUUGUCUUGCAAUUUAUAUUUACUCAUCUUUCCUCUGGAUACCCAGCUGUGUGAGUUGAAAUUAUUGAGUUAUAGUUACAACACAGAAGGAAUACUCUUGAAUUGGGAAGAUCCAGUGUUUGGAGUGACAUUGUAUGACAAAAUACUAAUGCCUCAGUAUAACCUUGAUGCAUAUAAAAUCGACAAGUUCAACGUUAACAACGGACGCUACGGUGAAUGGUCUUGCCUUGGAGUUCAAUUUCUCCUGUCUCGGCGUGUUGGUUACUUUCUUGUUUCUCAUUACGUCAUCAGUUGUCUGAAAGUAUCUUCAACGUGGCUGAGUUUUUGGCUUCCUUUGAGUUCGCCUCCGGCUCGUGUCAGUUUAAUAGUAUCUUGUCUCCUGGCCUUAAACCUUCAGAACUCGAUGCUUCAUUCUGAUUUACCUUCACUCUCCUAUCCGACGGCGAUGGAUGUCUGGUUGUUUCUUUGUAUGGUGUUUGUUUUUGCUAGUUUGAUAGAAACUGUAAUUGCCAUCAGCUGUGAUCGUAGAAAAGCAAAUACUUCGGACAAGCCACGACGACGCGGGAAUUUGUCGGUGAACAAGAAAGUUUGUCAG